AUGAUGAUAUCUGAUGCGAGUCGGGAGUGGGCGCAGGAAACAGCGCCCGUAUGGGCUAAAGAGCCGUCACCUUUUGGUGCGGCAAAGAUUACAGCACUGGAUGUGAUUUGUGGCAAAGAGCACAUGACAGUGAGGGCUGAGUUCAGCGCUCCCUUCCAGGGCAUCAUCUCGUCGAAGGGCACAUAUGGUCAGGACAGUUGUGUCUACAUUAAGCCCCACUCCAGCAUAACUCACGCCACUUUCAAUGUGAAGUACGAUCAGUGCGGCACUAAACCCGAUCUUCAGGGCAAGUACUACGAGAACACUAUUGUCAUCCAAUACGGCACUGACAUUAUUGAGGCCUGGGAUGAGGCCAAACGGCUCCGAUGCGAGUGGUUUGAAGCCUACGAAAAACCGGCCACUUUUCGACCCGCCAUUCCUGUGGCAGAUCUGGAUGUGAUUGAGAUGAACUUCCAGGGCGACGAAAUAGACUGCUGGAUGUCGAUCCAAGAGGGCAAAGGCCCAUGGGCCAGGGAGGUGUCCCGUAUCGUUGCUGUCGGACAACCGAUGACUAUUGUAGUGGCGAUCAAUGACUUCAAGAAUCAGUUUGAUAUGAGAGUGAAGUCAUGUUUCGCUCACGACGGCGUCAAACCUGCCAUUCAUUUAACCGACGAAUACGGAUGUGUUUUGAGGCCCAAAAUGUUGUCACCCUUUAAGAAGAUUCGCGACUCUAAGGGAAAGGCAACUCUCAUAUCUUACGCACAAUUUUUGGCCUUCAAAUUCCCAGAUAGUAUGGAUGUGCAGAUCCAGUGCACUGUUGAGGUGUGCAGACAUGGAUGUGCUGAUGCCUGUCAAGUGGGAGGUCCGCAGCAUUCAAACAAUCCAUCCCUUCAAGUGUCCGCUGAUAUUCAUCACAUAAAUCCUGAGCAAAAAACGCCGGAACAGGACUUCCGGAUACCUUUCAAACCAGAGGAUGAACCGCAGCCUAUAUUUCAAGAUAUUGACGGUUCUAAUGCACCGCCGAUGCAAUUAAUGCCAAUGAGUAGUGAAAUAAACUCUUUUAGCAUCAAAAACAAUGAACAGAUCCAUCACUCGGAAGAGACGACCCACGACUCAGCCGAUGAAUAUCAGGCGCUUCCGUCUAAUCAGAACUUUGAGCCUUUUAUGGACCAAAUGUCUCCACACGAAAGUGAAGUCAAACCCGUCUAUAAAGCGCCUGACGUUAACGUGUAUGAAAAAGAUCAACAUUUCAACCAAAAGUUUAAAAUCCCAAAUCUGUCUGAUCUGAAAAUCUCUAAUUUAAGACCAGAAGACUUGAAUAUUGCAAAUAAAUUGCUAUCAAAUCACGGCUUAAACAAAGGGAAUAUAGACUUCAGCAAUUUGGCGGCAACUUUUGCACAGGGAUUACAGCACAAGGAUAUCAUGUCUUUGAUUCAGACAAAUAAUAUGAAAGAUUUGGUUUCAAAGUUCACGAAUCGUAUUGAAGAGCAACCGAUCGCUGAAGCGCUUCAAUCGGUUAAUGAAAGGCAUUCGACUCGAGAGACAAACCAAAGCGUAACUCAAAACUCUUUUGUCACAACCGAACAGACAUUGAAUCCAUACAAUACAGAGUCAACGCAAUCGACAACUAAUCUGUUUUAUAACAAUGUGGCUUCGGAUGAAGAACUGCCGCCCAAUCCACCCAUUGUUAGUCAUCCAUACAAUCGCUUUCCGUUCAACAUUUAUAACGAAAACAUAAGAAAUAGCAAUCAAUUUAAUAAAAAGAUAGCGCUGGAGAAACCGCCACCACUGGUCCCUAUGAACGGCAACUCAGGAGCACCUGUGGCCCAGAUUCUGGACAUUCCGCUUCAGCCGGGAAUGCCUUUCCUUCAAAUACCAGCAAAUGAAUUACUUAAACACCAAAUAAUGAGCGCUCAAAAGCCAUUGACGGCUAAUUCGCAUCCAAAUCAUCCCAAUAUUUUAAAGCAAGCACUUCAUCAUAUCUCACAUCCUUUCCAAUCAUUGCAUUCAACAAAUCAAAAAUUAUUGAAUUUAAUGGACAAAAGAAAGGACUCUGUUAUGAACCCCAGAGUGAAAGGGGGACCGCAAUCGCAGUUCCCAUUUGGUCCGCGUUCUCUUCGGUUGCGGCGAUCGGUGGACGGAAUGGCCAAUGAGAUCGGACUGAAGAAAGGCUUCCAAGUGGUCACUUCAGUUGAUUUGGCAUUUUUCCCAAACAUCACCACUGAUUCUGCGCCUAUAUAUUCGGGCCGAAGGGAUAAUAUAGUUUACGGGGUGUGUCUGCCGGCGGCUCACUUGGCCACAGAUCUAUCAAGACUAUCGAUCACUCAAUAG